AAUCAGCUAUAAAAGCUCCAGCGGGUCGUCAAUCAUUCAGUAUCGGAGCUUGCUUCACAAUGUUGUCCAAGUUGGUGGUUUUCGUUGCCCUGGUUCAGCUGUCACAGAUCCGUGCGGACUUUCCCGGCUAUCGUCUAAACCGGACCGUUUCGGCGAUCAAGAAGAGCGUGGAACCAUGCGACGGGCUGGGCCACUACUCGACGUGUACCUCGUGUGACACCGUGCAGGUGUGCUUGGGCACCGAGGUGACCUCGCGGCACUGUGGAUCGCUGUCGCCGGACAAGCCGUACUGCAACAACGGCCAGUGCUCGGGAGUUCCAACGUUCGAGGGUGCCUGCCAGCCCCAGCCGAUCUGGUGCUCGGACGAGGGUUUCUUCCCGGAUCCCUUCGUGUGCCAGAUGUUCCACUACUGCCAGAAGGGAGGCUUCCCGUCGGAGGUGUACCAGUGCCCCGGUGAUAGCGUGUUCAACCCGGACACCUUGGAGUGCCGCAAGCGCGAGAACGACGCCCAGUGCAUGGUGAUCAACUGCAAGGCCAACGAGGUUUUCUCCAAGUACGGAACCAGUGAGCGCUUCUUCGGGUACUGCGCCAUGCAGGUUGGCUAUGCGACCGCCGUCCGGGUGUUCCGGUGCGCCGAGGGAACCAAGUUCGAUGGCGAGAAGUGCGUGUACGACUGUAAGACCGAGGGCAGAUUCGCCGAUGUCCGGUCGCAGUACAUCUGGUACGAGUGCAUCCGAAACGACGCCGGCCAGCUGGAGUCCAUCACGAACAAGUGCCCGUGGGGAAGGGUGGUCGAUAUCAAUCUGGGCGUUUGCAUUCCGUGGAACGCACGUGCGGAAGUUAUCCAGCUGUAAGGUUGUCGACGAUACAGUGUAAUGGGUUACCGUUUCAAAAUAAAACAGGCAUGCUAGGAACCGAAAA